ACAUGGCAGCGCCCUUAUUUUAGCAUCGACUGCUCUUGUGCUAUAAUCUGCGAUUGCCGGUUUCUUUGAGAAUUUUAGCCUUAUAAGCACACUUGCAGCAUCUCCGGCGAGUUCUGGACCGGGCCACAGAACACCUACCAGCCCCGUCGCUCGCGAUGAGUAUGUUCAAGCCGAAGAUGUUGUCAGAUACAAGUGAGGAUGAUACGGACAACGACCAUGACAUGCCCAAGAAGGCACCGAGUUUUCGUGCUGCUCAAGUUCCCAGGAAGCCCGCAGCCUACUCCAUGCCAAAGUUGGGGGGGGACGACGAAGAUGAGGAGGACGGCGGUAGCACAGACGACUGGGACGGCAGAAGCGGGAGCGAGGAGACAGGUAAAUCAAAAAGGGCUCCCUGCAGUGGAGAAGACAGUGAGAGCGAUGACAGCGAUGCGGGCAACGUCAUAAACACAUGGAGCCAGAGCGGAAGCCGGAAGGUCCCUGUGGCGGCUAGCAAGAAGCGCAAGGAUUUUGCGCAAGGCGGUGCUGAAAGUAAACACAUGAGGCUCUCCAGCAGUUUCUCUAACGAUGACGAUGAACCUGCCGAAGGUAGCCUGGGCAAAAAACGCAACAAUUUUGCACAAGGGGGCUCUGAAAGUAAACGCAUGAAGUACUCUACCAGCUUAUCCAACGAUGACGAGCCUGCUGAAAGUAGCUCGGGCGUUUCAAUGGGCAAUUAUAGCAACAUCUCACAGAAGCUCAUGUUAAGCAUGGGCUACAAGGCUGGUGCUGGUCUCGGCAAGAACAACCAGGGAAUCGCGGACAUCAUCCCGACGUCCAAGCAGCGCGGUCGAAGAGGUCUCGGCCUCUCUCUGGAGGGCCUCGAACCCAGUGUAGAUGUCAAGUGGGACUUUGAGAAGGAAGAGGUCGACGUGAAGGAGCGCGUGGAUUGGAUUCCCGAGUGUGAAGAAGAGCCACCGAACAUCAAAACUCUGAGGGAAUGGGUCACGGAAGGAAAGAAAAAGCUCACCAUUGACGACGAGACCUGCUUCUGCGACGAGAAGGUGCUCAAGCAAAUCAUCGACUGCAAGAGUGUGUUUGACAGGCUGGAACCAGAAGAAAUGCGUCGAGCCAGAACGCGGUCGAAUCCCUUUGAAACUAUUCGCGGUGGAAUCUUUCUGAACAGGGCAGCCAUGAAAAUGGCCAACAUGGAUUCUGCCUUUGAUUUCAUGUUCACUUCUCCCGUGGAUGAAAAUGGGGUUUCGAUGGUGGGCCCUGAUGACCUGCUGUACUUUGCGGAUGUCUGUGCUGGGCCUGGCGGUUUCUCGGAGUACGUUCUGUGGCGCAAGGGCUGGCAGGCCAAGGGCUUUGGCUUUACCCUCAAGGGUCCCAAUGACUUCAAGCUUGAGGACUUCUUCGCCGGAUCUCCAGACACCUUUGAGCCUCUCUACGGUGUCACGGGUGAUGGCGACAUCUUCAUACCCGACAACAUUCGGUAUUUCUCCAAAGCAGUCAAACUAGGCACGGACAACCAGGGCGUCCACUUUGUCAUGGCGGAUGGUGGCUUCUCAGUCGAGGGCCAAGAAAAUAUUCAAGAAAUAUUGUCUAAACAACUUUACCUGUGCCAAUUCUACGCUGCACUGUCUGUUUUAAGAACAGGUGGCCACUUUGUGUGCAAGCUCUUCGACAUCUUCACCGUGUACAGCGUCGGUCUGGUCUACUUGAUGUACCGGGCGUUCAGGCAUGUAUCCAUCUUCAAGCCCAACACCAGUAGACCAGCAAACUCCGAAAGGUAUAUAGUGUGCAAGUGGCGUCGGCCAGACACGAAGGACAUUGAGGACUACAUGUACGAGUUGUGCUGCCGCUUCAAGGAGAUCUCCAGCGUUACGAGUCAAGAUGACAUAGUCGAGGUUGUGCCCCUGGAAGUCCUCAAUGACGAUGCUGUUUUUGCGAAGUACAUCCGUGAGUCCAAUGACAGGCUAGGGCGUGCCCAAAUCACACAUCUCACGAAGAUCAGGGCCUUUGCCCAAAACAGUGAGUUGUAUGAGGAAAGGCAGAGCAGCCUACGCAAAGAGUGUCUCAAAGAGUGGAAGGUUCCAGACCUGGCGCGUCUAGACCCAAAACGGCCGCCACCAGAGUCGAAGUUCAAAGAACUUACAAAGAAUGAAGUCUCGUACUUUGAAAGACGUCCCGAAGAACUGACGCCCAAGUUUCUUGAAGGCAUCAAGAGCCUCCACGACUACCGGUGUAUCGUGUGCGGCGAGUGGAAGCCCGGCGUACGGGACAACAAAUUUCUCUUCCUCAGUGCUGGGCGCAAGCAAGUCUACCAGUGGACAGGCUCGUCAGCAGACCAGUGGAAGAAGGUCACCGAGGGCCUGGAACUCCCGCCGGACACUCUGUUCUACGGUGAAAUGGUGCAGGAGUUUGCAGGAGAGGGUCGACAACAGAAACGAUUCAACACCAUCCACAUCAUUGAUGCCCUCGUCUUGGGCAAGGUGCCAGUCAAAGACAAGCACUACGAAGAGAGGAUGAAGUGGGUUCAAAAGUUUGUCAAGGCCUUAUCGAAGCCAAGUCGGAACGACUUGACCCCUCUGCGAGCCAAAGAGGUUUUCAAGCUUCCAGAAGUGGAGUCCCUGUUUGAAAGGAUCUCUUGGAAGCAGGAGAAAGGGGCCUCCAGGAACAUGAGGCUGAGCUGUACAGUGCCCCAGGAACAAAGGGAUCGGGAAGAGAGGCACUUCUCAGCGUCUGGCGUGCUCUUCUACAGGACCACCAAAGAGCCCUGGCAUGAAGAGUACAGCACGAGUUCGCAGCGCCGCUACUACUACAACACCAUGACGAGGAAGAGCGACUUCGAGAUGCCCAAGUACGGGUGCGCUGCUACCUUCAGGGACUGCUUCCAGAUUGCCACGCUUUGGUCGUGGACUUCCAACUUGCAGAUAAUGCCGACCCGAAUGCAGUCCGAGGAGUGUCCCAACGACGGCAAGGUUCAUCGAACGACGCUCGUCAACUUUGUCAGGAAGAGAUUAGGAAAGUGAAACCAGUGAAUGGACACCCCUGGAGAAUGUACAUUGACUCCAUGUGCUCGAAGCUCGAGUACUGAUAAAUGAAAGGGUGGCAUGUGAUGUGAUCCACCUCUCUAUUUUCUUUUUGUUUUUA